UGUUUCGUCGGUAUGUCGUCGGAAUAACGAUAUUCCGACGAAAUUCCGACGAUUUUUUUCCUCAGAAUCCUUGCUGUUUUCUUGUAGUGUUAAUUAUAUCUACUUAACAAUAAUAUUUGAAAUAAAUAAAGUUACUUAUAGUACUUAUGAAUGGCGAUAGUUUUACUUUCUGUUAUCAUUGUUGUUUUUUAAGACUCACCUUUGAAUUGAUAUGUAUUCGAAUUUUUUUCUAAAGUAAUAAUUUUAAGCACGGAACUCUUUAGAAACAUAUAAACAUAAUAUUAGUGUUUAUCUUAUAUAUAUUAACUUCUUUGGUACAAAAUCUAACAUGGGUAUGACAACAUUGUUACUUAUCAACAAUUAGCAUUUGGUUGUCUUCGUGAGGUCUAUCAAGUUGCAAAUUUUAUUAAUUAAAACACAGACAGCGUGCUCCAUGACCAUAUACAAAACAUUAUACAACGUGAUGUUGUCAACGACUUUUACACUACUUAAUUAUGUUACAGAAGUUGGAUAUUCCAUAUGCAUUAGCAUCCAAGAAAGUUUUUUUGUUACCUCUUUACGCUAUACAUAACAAUACUACGAUUGAAAAAAGAAAAAAAAAACUACGAUGGUGGAUCGGCCGAGUUAUAUCCGCCAAAAACCACUACCCGAUAUGGUUGUGCAUAUUUGGCUCUGGCUAUAACGAUAAAUCAAGCAGAAAAAGUGAAAAACAAUAUUUUAGUUAAUUUAUCGAUCGAACGUUUAACUAGGGACUUCUAGACCCUUGUUAAUCAAACUCGACAUAUACAAGGAAAGUUAUUAUUUGACUAUCUUAAAAAAUUGUAUUAUUAAUCCUGUAUUGCCAAAUCAUCCAUCAAAUAUAUAUAUUUCCACCGCCCCCUCCAAGGAAUAUGCGACAUUUCCAACGUUAUAUAUAUGCUACGAAAAAUUAAUCGGAAAACCUGAAAGAGCUAAAAGCAAAGGCUUGAGAAGAACAAGACGCACGUUUUGUCUCAAGAAGAAAGAGUCUUCUUCUCCCGUUUAUUGGGAACAAUAAUGGCUCACCAUAAUGAAGACGAAGGGUCUAUUGGGACUUCCAUGCAUGGAGUCACGGCGAGGGAACAAGUUUUCUCCUUCUCUGUCCAAGGAGAAGAUGAUGGCCCGUCAUCCCAUACCGUCCGUUUUGAUGAUCCAACAGCUAAGUUUGCCCUGCCGGUUGACUCAGAACACAGGGCAACAGCGUUCAAACCAUUUUCAUUUGCGAAGCCACACAUGAGAGCUUUCCACUUAGGAUGGAUCUCUUUCUUCACUUGCUUUAUAUCCACCUUUGCCGCCGCACCUCUGGUUCCUAUCAUCAGAGAUAACCUCGAUUUGACCAAAAGUGAUAUUGGAAAAGCAGGAGUCGCUUCCGUUUCCGGUGCCAUUUUCUCAAGGCUCGCUAUGGGAGCUGUUUGUGACUUGCUCGGGGCUAGGUACGGAACGGCGUUUCUGCUAAUGCUAUCCGCCCCAACAGUGUUUAGCAUGUCCUUUGUAUCUGAUGCUGGUGGCUACUUAUCCGUCCGGUUCAUGAUUGGUUUUUGUCUAGCCACGUUUGUGUCUUGUCAGUACUGGACCAGCGUGAUGUUCAACGGUAAGAUCAUUGGACUCGUCAAUGGAUGUGCUGGUGGCUGGGGAGACAUGGGAGGAGGCGUAACUCAGCUACUCAUGCCGAUGGUUUUCCACGUCAUCAAACUCGCUGGAGCCACUCCCUUCACGGCCUGGAGGAUUGCGUUCUUCAUUCCCGGAUUUCUUCAGGUCAUCAUGGGUAUUCUUGUGCUCACUCUUGGACAAGAUCUUCCUGAUGGAAACCUUAGUACUCUACAGAAGAGAGGAGAGGUUUCCAAAGACAAAUUCACCAAGGUGGUUUGGUAUGCUGUUUUGAACUAUAGAACAUACGUUUUGUUCCUUCUCUAUGGAUUUUCCAUGGGAAUCGAAAUGACCAUCAACAAUGUCAUCUCCGAGUAUUUCUUCGACAGGUUUCAGCUUGAACUACACACUGCUGGUAUGAUAGCAGCCAGCUUUGGUAUGGCUAACUUCUUCGCUCGUCCGCUUGGUGGAUACGCAUCUGACAUUUCUGCUAGGUUUUUCGGUAUGAGAGGGCGGUUAUGGACCCUUUGGAUCUUACAAACUUCUGGUGGUAUUUUCUGUGUUUGGCUCGGCCGUGCUACUUCACUUCCUAUAGCUAUUUUAUCCAUGAUGCUCUUCUCCGUGGGCGUGCAAGCAGCUUGUGGGGCCAUCUUCGGCAUCGUUCCUUUUGUCUCCCGCCGCUCUCUAGGGCUAAUAUCUGGAUUGACCGGCGCAGGAGGAAAUUUUGGGUCGGGGCUAACUCAAUUGAUCUUUUUCUCUUCAUCCAGAUUCCAUACUGCCGAUGGUUUGUCGCUGAUGGGAAUCAUGGGGAUGAUUUUUACACUUUUAGUUGCGUUUAUACAUUUUCCGCAAUGGGGAAGUAUGUUUUUUGGACCAACAAGUGACGAGAAAAAAUCAAAGGAAGAGCAUUAUUAUGCGGCGGAGUGGACUGAGGAAGAGAAACGGCAAGGAUUGCAUGAAGGUAGCCUUAAAUUUGCAGAAAAUUGUCGAUCUGAAAGAGGCAGAAAGGCGGCUUCAGACGGAUCCUCCCCCUCCACGCCGCCUGAAAAUGGAAAUCCGGCUCAUGUUUAAUCACAUGGAAUUGCAUUUUCUUCUCCACAUGCACGCACACAUUACACAAAUAUGGUGAGGCAUAUUACCAUUUAUUAUUGUUCAUUUUGAUAUGGGCUAUGCUUUGGUGUUUCACAGUGUUAUAUAUAUAAGGAGCACAAGUCUAGUUAAUAUGAUUACUUGAAGUUUCGUAUACUAUGCAAUUCAAAAUUAAUUUGCGUGGCUGGUUUCUUGUUUGAUAUAAAGUUUGUAUUUUGCACCACUAAUACCUUUGUGUUUUCGUUUGUAUCCAUGCAUUACUUAUUGAUCAAUUAACAUAUUUAAUGCUUAAUGUUAUUUAACGAACG